GCCCCAUCCCGGCGGCGGCGUGUUCCCCUCCGGCUCCCCGUUCUCCAGCCAUGGCGGUCGCGGCGCUGCAGCUGAGGCAGAUCCUGUGCCUCGGCGCGCGCGGCCUGCGCACCUUCUCCUCUGCCGUCAGGCCCGCGGACUCGGGAGCCGGCGCGCGUCCGGCAUUCAGAGGUGAAAGGCCAAUGAGAAGAAAGGCACUACCUCCUAGGACGGAGAAGAUGGAUGUUGACCAGGACUGGCCCAGUGUUUACCCUGUUGCAGCACCAUUUAAACCCUCUGCUGUUCCUCUGCCUGUUCGAAUGGGGUAUCCAGUAAAGAAGGGCGUGCCCAUGGCAAAGGAGGGGAAUCUAGAGCUUUUAAAGAUCCCGAAUUUUCUGCAUCUGACUCCUGUGGCGAUUAAAAGACACUGUGAAGCCCUCAAAGAUUUCUGCACUGAGUGGCCAGCUGCACUAGACAGUGAUGAGAAGUGUGAAAAGCAUUUUCCAAUUGAGAUUGACACUGCGGCUUACAUGUCGUCAGGACCGUCAAUUCGCAACCCCAAAGCACGAGUGGUAACAUUAAGGGUUAAACUUUCCAGUUUGAAUUUAGACAACCAUGCAAAGAAGAAACUUAUUAAACUUGUAGGAGAGAGGUAUUGCAAGACCACUGAUGUGCUCACUAUCACCACAGACAGAUGCCCUUUGAAGAGGCAGAACUAUGACUAUGCGCUGUAUCUCCUCACAGUCCUGUAUCACGAGUCUUGGAAAACUGAAGAAUGGGAAAAAAAUAAGACUGAGGAAGACAUGGAAGAGUAUGUGUGGGAGAAUAGUUCCUCCGAGAAAAAUGUUCUCCAAACUCUGCUGCAGAUGAGAGCCUCCGAGAGCAGUGUGGCUCCGAGCAGGGAAGAGCUGCUGGGGACCAAAGAGGUUGAAGAUUACCAGAAGUGUGUUGUUCGAAUCAAGAGUGAGGGCGAGAACGAGGCGAGCCUUACUCAGUACAAAGAGUCUGUGAAGAGACUGUUGAAUCUGGCGUGAAAGUCUGAACUAGAAGUCUGCUGUAUCAAUUUUAUGAUCUGUUUAGUCACUGAUUUGAUAUAAAUGGGAAAAUAUUUACGAA